AGGAUUAACGUGUGUGCUCAGCGUGAUGAGCUUUUGAAAAUGGCAGCUCGAUAACUUGGCUGGUAGAGAAUUAUCAAGCCCUGGGCAAAGGCUGAGCCUCGGUGGUAACGGCGCUUUAAGGAGUUUUAGAUUCUGUGAGACACUGAAAGUGAAGUGGAAUAAGCAGAUAAUUAUCAAACCUUUAUUUUGAAUUUCUUCCAAGAAGGGAAACCUGUAGAAAAUGCCACCUGGGAAAGUUCUACAGCCUGUACUGAAAAUGAAGGUGGAUGAACUCUUCUUGUGCUGGCUGAGUCAGCCUACAACUCAGAUGAUGCUGAAGGACUGCUUGAAAAGAAUCAAGAAUGAGGGGAAAACUGAAAUUGGCAGUGGAGAUGCAGGAAACAGUGAAAAUGAGAGGUUCACAACUAAAAAUUCCAAUUCAAAGCAAAGCAUAUUAGGAGAUAUCAGGCUGCCUUUGAUGCCUUUCACUCCUCCUCAGCUUUCUACUUCUCUUCCUUUAGCAACUUCAACCAGCCUAAGGAAUGCAUCUAAUGUUAAAGGAACACGUAGAUCAUCAGGAACCAGAGUAGUUCAGACAAAGAAGGAAGAAACUUUGCCACCAUCGCUUAGUCAAACCAUUCCAACUUUCUAUUUUCCUCGAGGAUGUCCUAAGGAAAAAGUAAACAUAGAUGCUGUGAUUGCCAAAAUUGAGAAAACUUUCUCACAGUUUCCAAACGAGAGGGCAACUUUAGAUGACAUGGGGAAAGUUGCAAAGGCUUGUGAUUGCCCGCUCUACUGGAAAGGUCCUUUGUUUUACUGUGCUGGAGGUGAACGAACGGGAUACGUGUCAGUUCAUAAAUUUGUUGCAAUGUGGCGGAAAAUACUUCAGACCUGCUAUGAUGAUGCUGCAAAGUUUGUUCAUCUUCUAAUGAACCCUGGAUGCAACUACUUAGUGCAAGAAGACUUCAUUCCUUUUUUACAAGAUGUGGUAAAUAGCCAUCCUGGCCUGUCAUUUUUAAAAGAAGCAUCUGAGUUUCAUUCUCGGUACAUUACCACAGUUAUACAGAGAAUAUUUUAUACAGUAAAUAGGUCCUGGUCUGGGAAAAUCACUUGCAAUGAGCUCAGGAAAAGCAAUUUUUUGCAGAAUGUGGCAUUAUUGGAAGAGGAAGCUGAUAUUAACCAGCUGACAGAGUACUUCUCAUAUGAACAUUUUUAUGUUAUCUAUUGCAAAUUUUGGGAGCUGGAUACAGACCAUGACCUCUAUAUUGAUCGGAAGGAUUUAGCUCGACAUAAUGAUCAUGCAAUAUCAAAUAGAAUGAUAGAGAGGAUCUUCUCAGGAGCAGUAACAAGAGGUAGAAAAGCACAAAAAGAUGGAAAAAUUAGCUAUGCUGAUUUUGUCUGGUUUUUGAUAUCUGAAGAAGACAAGAAGACACCAACUAGCAUUGAAUACUGGUUUCGCUGCAUGGAUCUUGAUGGAGAUGGUGCUCUGUCUAUGUAUGAAUUGGAGUAUUUUUAUGAAGAACAGUGCCAAAAAUUAGAUAACAUGGCCAUAGAACCCUUGCCAUUUGAAGACUGUUUGUGCCAGAUGCUGGAUCUUGUGAAGCCACAAUGUGAAGGAAAAAUUACUCUGCAUGAUUUAAAGAGAUGUAAGUUGACAAAUGUGUUUUUUGAUACCUUUUUCAACAUUGAAAAAUACCUCGACCAUGAACAGAAGGAUCAAUUUUCUAUUUUGCGGGAGAGUGAAGGUGAAAGUCCAGAAGUCUCUGACUGGGAGAAGUAUGCUGCUGAAGAGUAUGACAUCUUGGUAGCAGAAGAGGCAGCAAGUGACCAGUGGAAUGAUGGAUACGAGGCUGAGCUGAAUCCUGUAGACCAUCAGAAGGCCAAUGUCCUGAAGUAUCAAAUGGAAAAAAGACCGUUUUUUGAAAUGCCUUCCCAUCUGGCUGAUGUAGACUUGGAUGAAUACGACUACGAAGAGGACUUUGAGUAGCGGUUGCAGUCAUCACUUGCAGAAGAGAAGGGACAGUCUGCAGCAGGUCUGCUACACACCUAUAUGUUUCAGUGGGUUUUGGUUCCAGGAACUCAGCUUAGUUUUGUGCUAAAAGUAUUUAAUCACCAGACUACCUUUUACAUAAAAGAAAUGCAUUUGUAUGGAAUGACGAAACUUUUUGUAUUUAUUCAAUACUCUAUAGUUUGUAAAAUAGAUUAAAAUAUUUAUUUACAGAUGUUGCGUAAUUCCUUCUUGGAAGAAUAACACUGUUUGACUCGAGGGUAAAUCUACUGUUUUUAAAACAACCCUGUACUUCUAAGUUGACGUGUGGUGCACUGACCAUCUCCCUCCCUUAUGUAAAUAGGUAUUCCUGUACUGCUAUGGGAGGGGAGGAGGCCAUGCACUGCCAGCCGGGUGUGCGUCUGUGCUCAUACAGGUUGUAGGGCUUUUCUGCCUUGCCAAGGAAGAGAUGUCACUGUGAGCAUGGGAUUCGUCUCUUUCUUACAGAUAGUUUCAUGGGACAAGCUGGGCAUUUUGGUGCAUGAGGAAAACUAAUGCCAGAAACAAGUUGCCUCCCUUCUCUGCACAGUCCUUAUUUGCCUCAACUUUAACUUGCUUGGCCUUUUAAACUUCAGUGUUUUCGUUGACAUUCAUUAUAAAGAGACGAUUUAAUAGUGAAGUCUGUUCGUGUUCAUACUUGAUCCAAAAUGAGAGUGUUGAAUUCUUGUAGAAGGAACCAAUUUUUUAAAAAUCCUUUGUAUAAAUGUUACCUGAUCAGUGAUGUGCACUAAUUUGUUGUGGGCAUUCAGUGCUUUUGUCUGUCCCUCCCCUUCAGUUGUUUGCUAUUGACACAUUCCAUGGAUAUUCAUUCAGUGUCACAGCAGCUUGAAAUUGUUGCCUCACUGUUAAACAGAUUGUGUUGGGAAAAAAAAUGGACAGAGAGAUGUAAGUUAUUUUUUGGUUGCAGUGUAGAUCUGCUUAAAGUGUUUUAAAAUCAUGUUUGUAUUUGCAAAUAAAGAUUUUCAUACGUGUAA